AUGUCAAACAUUCUGAUCACUGGCGCGGCCGGUUAUAUCGGCGGCUCCAUCCUCGCCGAAAUAUUAGCCAAGAGUGCACUGCUUAAGAAAGAUCAGAUUUUCGCCGCGGUAAGAUCCGACACACAAGUUGGUGCCCUGUCGAAACUUGGCGUCACCGUGCUUCAAUUAGAUUUGACCAACGAAGAAGAUGUUGCUGAGAACGUGGCUAGAAAUGACAUCAAUAUUGUCAUCCAUACCUCGAGCGCUAUAGAUCCAAAGACGGCACUGUAUCUUAUCACGGCACUGAGCAAACAGGGCAAGGUCAGCGGCAAAAGGACGUAUUUUAUCCAUACCUCUGGAAUGAGCGCAUUCUACAAAAACACGGGCUGGCCAGCUGGAGACUUCAAAGAUACAGAUGGUGUAUUUGAGACAGAGAAGCGAUUGGCAGCCUCUUUCCCUAUUCGCAAUACUGAUGUAUCUGUCAUUGAACACGCUGCGGCACAAGGGGUAACCAGCUUUGUCGUUGUGCCCUCUUUAGUUUAUGGUAGAGGCAGUGGCGAAUGGAACAAACUGUCCGUGGUCUUGCCUGUCUAUGUUGAAGCUAUCAUCUCGAACAAGGCCGUGUACAAAUUUCCCGGGAACACAAAAGUUUCGGCCGUGCAUAUCUCCGACUUGACCGUUCUAUACGGGCAGAUUGUCGAGAAAAUUCUACAGGAGAAGCCAAUCCCAAAUGGAAAAGAAGGCUACUACUUUGGAAAAGCCCAUGAGCUCUUCUUUGGAGAUGUUUUGGACAAGCUGGCUGAGGCUAUGGAAGUUCGUGGUCUCUUGGCUGAUUCUACUACCAGGGUUUAUCCCGAUGAUGCAUCUGCUGCAAAGAUAUUGGGGGUUCCCGAGCAGUUUGUGCAGAUCUUGUGGAACUCAGGUGAUGACAUCAUUCCAGAAAUUCCAAAGAUUGUUGCAUGGAAACCCAAGUGGGACAAGGAGCAUUUUUUUGAACAUAUUGAUGACGAGAUACAAGAUGUUCUAGAUCUCGGAAAAGCAAAGAGCAGUCUUAUUGACUCUUUGUUCAAAGCUACUAGAGGCUAG